AUGAAGCAUUUUCUAGUGUUGAGUGCCUUAGUGUUAGCUCUGGCUAGUGCAAGACCAGAAGGUUAUAGUUACUACACUCCGCAUGUUUCUAGUUCCGGUCAUUCCGCUACUUCGAGUGCUAGUCUUCAGUUUACAUCUGGUGCGGGUGCGUCCGGUACUAGUGCUGUAGAUGAUUGUGAAGAGCCAGCGCACGAGCAGCUCACUCCGUUCCAGCACAGCCAAGUGCACUUCUUCGCCCCACAAGCAUCUGCUCAUUCCGAAUCUUCCUCAUACCUGAGCGCAUCUUCUGGACAUCAUGAGCACCAAUCGUCGCUUCCAGAAUCUUCGUCCUAUCUGAGCGCGUCUUCUGGACAUCAUGAGCACCAAUCGUCGCUUCCAGUACUCUCGCAUGCAUCUGUGUCUGGUGGAGCUUCCGAUUCCAGCCACUACCACUACCAACAUCAGGAGCAGCAACAGCAACACCAUCAGACGGUCCAACAUCAAGUGCACCAUCACGUAGAACCUCAGAUCGAGUACUUCACCAAUGUACAUAACCAUCAAAAUCAGCAUUCUCACCAACAGCAGCACCACACCCACCACGAAGCAUCCGUACAUUACGUACAGCAGCCCGUGGUGAAGGAGGAAGUCCACAAGCAUGUCUACGUACACGUUGCUCCGGAAGAGAAGGAAGAAAUUCACCAAAAAGUGAUUCUUCCAACCUACACCAAACAGAAGCACUACAAAAUCAUCUUCAUCAAGGCUCCGCCUCCACCGACCACCAGCAAGGUGGUUCUACCUCAGCAACCCGUCAACGAGGAGAAAACACUGGUCUAUGUGCUCCACAAGAAACCCGAACUAGAACAGGAAAUUGUUGUACCAGCGCCAGCGACCUCCAAGCCCAGCAAACCAGAAGUGUACUUCAUCAAGUACAAAACCAAGAAGCAGGAACACCAACACUCGUACCAUCACGAGGAACAGCACUCGUCCAGCUCACUCGGCGGAAGCAGUACAAGCGGCACCAGUGGUGGCUACGAGGUGGCCGAUCUUUCCGGAUUUGGAGGUUCGUUCGGAAACAGCUUCGCUCCGAUAGUCGUUACGGAAGGAUCGUACCACAGCACAACACCAGCUCCGGUAAAAGUGACCACCGUUCAUUCCGUGUCCUCCUCAUCUUCGGUUGCUCCCUCGUCGUCCUACGUUAGCAGCACGGCCAGCAGCCAUCAUGGUCAUAAGGGCCAAAGCAUCAAAGUCACCAACAUUGGUCUGUCUGGAUAUUCUACCGGUGGAUCGGGUAGUGUAGUGUCAAGUUCCAGCUCCGGCUCCAAUACUAGCAGCCGCCAGCGAGGUUCUAAAAAGUCCUGCGGAAAGUGCACCAAGACCAACAGCGCUCCUGUAUCCGUUGGAGGUACUCUGGAUGCAUUCGUAUCCAAUGUGUUCUAG